AUGAAGGUGUUUGCGGCUGCGCAGUUCUGUGUGCUCCUGUCGGUCAGUUUCAGCUCUGUGCUGGGCUGCCGCUGGGUCAAACACAAACUUCAGCAUCAUCACGGGAUCUCUCUGGAUCUCCUCAGGAGGAUGGGAGAAAAAAUCCAUGAUGACAAUGAGGACAUCAACCCCAUCCCAUAUGACCUGAUCAAUAACCACAGGAUGGCAGAGCCUGAGAAGCAGAUCCAGUUCGUCAUUCAGGCUCUGGUGGAAAUCACUGCCCUCUUCGACGAUUCACUUGUUCCCUGGGAUGCUAAAAAAAUGGAUGAUUUCCUAAACAUCAUGCAUGAGGAGAUCGAUGGACUGCGCUCAUGUGGCUCUUACAAAAUGAAGAGGAACAAGAAGCUGCAUCUGUAUUUUAACAGGCUGAGAAGAAUGACAGAGCUGAACACGGAUGGAGGCAGAAGCUGGGAGAUGGUCAGAAAACGAGUGAUCAGUUUGAUGAAUCAGCUGCACUCCUUCUCCUUCCAAACUCAUGUUUAA